AUGAAGUACGGACCAGACCGUCCCAAAUACCUAGGACCAUUCUCGGAAAACACACCAUCAUACCUAACAGGAGAAUACCCUGGAGACUAUGGCUGGGAUACAGCCGGUCUCUCCGCUGAUCCAGAAACAUUCGCAAAGAACCGUGAGCUCGAAGUAAUCCACAGUAGAUGGGCAAUGUUGGGUGCUUUGGGCUGCACCUUCCCGGAGAUCCUCUCCAAAAACGGAGUCAAAUUCGGUGAAGCCGUGUGGUUCAAGGCGGGAUCUCAGAUCUUCUCAGAAGGAGGGCUUGACUACCUAGGAAACCCUAACUUGAUCCAUGCGCAAAGCAUAUUGGCUAUCUGGGCAUGUCAAGUUGUGCUCAUGGGUUUCAUUGAAGGAUACAGAAUCGGAGGUGGUCCUCUUGGUGAAGGACUUGACCCGCUUUACCCAGGCGGGGCGUUUGACCCGUUGAACCUAGCAGAGGAUCCAGAGGCUUUCUCCGAAUUGAAGGUGAAGGAGCUCAAGAACGGUCGUCUUGCAAUGUUCUCAAUGUUUGGAUUCUUUGUUCAAGCCAUUGUUACGGGUAAAGGUCCGAUCGAGAACCUGUUCGAUCAUAUCGCAGACCCUGUGGCUAACAAUGCUUGGGCUUUCGCCACCAACUUCGUCCCCGGAAAAUAGAGUUUGAUCGGAUCAUUUAUGUAAAGUUAUAACAUUUAUCAAUGCAUUUAAGUAUCCCUAAAUAUAUGAUAUUUUGGUUCCAUAUC